CUCUCCGUACGUCGUCUGUCAAAGUCGCGAAUCCACAAAAAAUAAAUAAAUAAAUGCCCGCAUUUAAUUUUAAUCAAUCACGCCGACAUGCUGCUACGGUGCCCCACCAGACCGUAAUUCCUUGUCUCGGACCCUGCCAGCAGUGAAAGGCCGCAAUGUCGGAAGACCGGCGAAAAAUGAACCGCCCCAGCACCGGAACGGUGCCCAAAGUCAAGUGCAGGAACAAUAGCUCGUACAUGAACGAACGCGACAGCCCCCGAAGCUGGACCAACAAUUUGGCGGGCGACUUCCACCGCCUCAAUCUCUCCGACUACUUGAGGAAUUCCAGGCGCAAUUUGCCCCCGCACUGCGCCAUGAACACCACCGUGGAAGAACAGAGACACAACACCACCGUGAACGGCUCCAUCACCCCGAACACCAGUUCGUCGACGUCCCGCCGCAACUCCUCAGGGACCGUGCCAAAAUGCGACAACAUCACCAAGUACCCGGACAAGAAACAAAUCGAAGACAAGCUCACCCAGAUCAGGGAGUAUUUACAGAUCACGACGUCGCUCAUGUCGAGCAUGAAGAACACGGACGAUCAGUUGAUGGGGAUUUCGUGUGUCCAGUUGGACGACGCCGCCGAGAGAAAUAACUUGAUUCAGAUGAUUAGUGAUUUGCGGGACAGUGAGGCCAAAUUAGUCAACAUUUUAGAGAGUAUUGAGGCCGAUGAUGCGGGGGGCAUAAGUGACCAGGUGACGGUGGACAGAAACGAUAAUUACUCAGAGGCCACUACUUCCAACUCGCACCGCAAUGACCUCGACGAUAAAGUUGAUCACACUAACCGUGAGAUGGAGCUACUUCGAGAUCAACAAAUGUCGUUUUUGAGCUUGCAACAAAAAGCUGAGAAUAAGUUGAAAGACGCACGACAGUUGCAAGAAAAACUGAUGAUGUCCCAAUAUGACGUAAACAGCAGCAUGAACCAGCGCGACAAGAACCUAACCAGCGUCCAAGACUUCGACGCCGCCAUCAAAGAACUGGAAGAGAGAACCAAAAGACUGAACGAACCUCGCGGGUCUAACGCCAACCUCCAGGACCGACUGAUCGCAGACGUGGACAGUUUACAAAAUCAGAUUCUCAGUCUCCACAACAUCAACGAAGACAGGAGUCAGAUGUUGCAGAUGUUGGACAACCGAGACAGCGAACUGAGGGCCCAACACAUCGAGCUCCAGAGCAAACUCAGCGAGUUGCAAACCAAAAAAUUGCAAAUCGAUCAGUUAGUUACGCAGCUGCAAACAAUGGAAGACGCGGAGGAGGACGACGUUGGGAUGCAAGUGAGACGCAUCGUCACCAUGAAGGAUCAACUAUCGAAACUGAAGGACAUGUUGGAGAUCGUGAAAACGACGGAGACGAUGGUGCAGAACUCGAACUCGCAGGAAGAACAAGAGCAAGCUUGCGAGAUCUGCACGAAAGCCGAGAACUUCCUCCAGAAGGACAUGGAGAAGAGGAGGACCCCGGUGCAGAUCCAGCACGAGAACGUACCACGCCGGUACGACAAUACGGGCUUGAACGAGAGUAGACCGAAGCAGGUGAACAAGAACGCGAUCACGUACGACAGACAGAGCGGCUACGGAGGCGCGAAACCCAAAAGCCGCAGCAACAGCAACAAGAUGGCGCUGCAAGUCGAGCUCGAGGCGAAGAAGCGCGAACUCGAAGAAAUCAUGGGGAAACACAAAGCUGGGACUUCCAAUUUGAAUCAUGACGUCGGCACCGACAACAAGUCCGAGUUCAGUUGUUCGAGCAACGCGUACUUUGACGGGGCCCCGAGUUGGGCGCCGAUCAUGUCAGACCAUAACAGGUUCGAGUCGAGCGAAAGCGAAGAGGAGUGUCCCGAAGACCAGAACGAAUACUCGGAGUUGAAUCACCCCAACCAGGCUUUUACUCUUCCGGUGUUGAACUAUCCGCCUAAAGCGGAAAAGAGUAGGUCGAUGCAUAGCGCGGAUUAUGUUCAAGUUCCAGAUCCUGACCGCUUGUCUAGCAUGCCGCGGACGCCUGAGCGGUCGCCACGCGAGAGGGCGCGCUCGAAUAGUGAGCAAAGUGGUAAGACGCAGGUGCAGAAGCAACUGGAGCUCAUUCGGAGCGUGUGCGAUUCGAUGUUGGAACAGCAGACGCAGAGCGUCAACGUGAGGAAUAACCUCACUCCGAGUAGUUUGUAUUCGGAGCCGCGACGCUUCGCGUCGCCUAAUCCUCAUUCGAUGAACGCGCUGGUGGAGUCUCCGUGGGCGCCACCUGACCCAGCGGGCUACCAAGGAUGGUUGGCUACAAACACUCUCCAGACGCAGGCUUUCAUGCUGAACACGUUGAACCAGUGUUGUCAGAUGUUGUGGCUGCAACAGCGCGAGUUGAUCGCGCUGAGGCAAGCCGUGAGUCAGUUACAAGAGAGGGAUAACCCGCAUUACGAGAAUCACAGCCAUCUGGCGUCACCUAUGCAAAACCCGGAGAGUCGACGGUCCAACCAGAAGGUUAACCAGGUUCCGGCGGCUUGUUCAAUGCCCAACUUGAACCAGUACAACAUCCCUUCCGUCAAUUUAGACCCCUCCUAUCAGAAUAACGCCCGAUUGCUCGAUCAGUGUUUGAAUAACACGAGUGGUGACCACAUUAACAACAGUGUGCUGCAUGCUGUUAAUGCUAACAUUAACCAAAUGUCCGGCCAGAUGUGGAAUGGACAGGCGCUGAAUAACCAGGUCGCGCCAGGCAAUAGAGCUAACAAUUACUGGGACAAUUUUAGAAGUUACUCCCGCCAGAACCUCCUUUCGACGAAGAGCAACGAAGGCUUCCAGUCGAGCUUAGAACGCUCGAAUAACCCCUUCGCGAUAGUUUCGUUGUCCAAAAGCAACUCCGAUCACACCUCGUCGCAAGAAAACACUCCUCUGAGGCGAGCGCGCACGAGGAACUCCGAACGCAACAACUCGGCAGUUCCUCCAGAUGUUUUGAACGUUAAUCACAACAUUAAUAAAACGAUAGACUUGGCAAGCAAUCGGAAUGUGAACGAAAACGACUAUGCUUUCGCCUACAACGAGAUCAGCUCGAAUAACUCGAAUAUAUCGGAGGAGCAGAUUUUUAAAGAGGGGAUUUCGGAGAACGCGAGCAGGAGGAACGAGUGGCACGAGGAACAGUCAGAGGAACACCAUCCAAAGUCGAAACUGUUCGAGGAACUCCGCGAACACGUCUACAAAGAAGUCGUCACUUUGAUUUCGGCGAAUGAGACGCGACCGCACUUCUUGAUACAGCUGUUUAGAGACUUACAGAUGAUCAGCUCUGACCCGUUAAGACUGAAAAUUUUGCAGAGCAUCCAGACUAUAAUCACGCAUUCGCUGAUUUCGGCGAACCACACCAACAGACAAGUUCCGGAGCCGCAGCAAACCGAUCCGGUUAUAACCGACGGCGGUUUCUCCUUACAGUCGACAGUAUGGUCCAAGUCACUCAAAAAUCCGGCAGUCACGUCAAGAAACACCCUCCAUAUGGAGAACGAAUCCGAGACGGAAUCCGUCAUCAAAGAGAUCAUCCCCUACUUAAACGACCAUGAGGAUGACGUCAUGACUCAGCCCUUUUUGUUAGCUCUUAAGCAGGUUCUGCUCGAUUCUGAUUCGUUUCAGGAGACAGUUCGGGACUCAGUAUUCAAGAAGCAUUUCUCGAAUGUUCUAGACGAGGUUCUGGCGCAGUAUCACGGCAAAAAAGUCCGAGACGUGAAGAUGCACUUGAUCCAAACCAUCAACGACUUGCUCAAAGGUGAGCUUUCUUUUAUUCAGUUGAUACAGGAUACGUGUCCGGAAAACUGCGAAAAUAGCGAGAUCGGGGCUUUCGAUUCGCCGCCGAGCGCCGCCACUAACGGGCAAGUCGAGAGCGUGCAGAACGGAGAUUUGGCGGAGGCGGAUCAAGGGAGGGUGGAGGAUGACGACGUGGAGGAGGAAGGGGCGGUGGGGGGGUUUUGGGACUUGCAGAUGGAGGCUUCGGCGGUGAACGAAGAGGUGGAUGUUGGAGGGAUCGAGUUCCAGAAUAACGCUGAAUCUCAGACGCAGUUUAUUAAGCAAGGUUUGGAUCAAGUACCGACUCGGUUGCCCACAAAGUCGCGUUCUAACACUCCCAGUAAAGAUCGGUCGACUUCGUCGCGUUCAGACCACCCAGACCAGUUCUAAUUUAUUCAGUUGUCACAUACUCACUUAUUUUACUUAAGAAAAUAAACAAUCAAAACUGA